AGCAAUGGCAGGUGAAGACACUGUAAGAAAACGCCAGUCUGGCUGCACUGCAACCUGCAAGACCCCUGAGAAUGAAGAAACGCAGAGGAGACCUGAGAGUGAGAGGUCAUUUCAAAACUCAAGCAAUGGCCGGGUUGAUGUUGACCAUGUGAUAACAAGGAAAAUGCAGCUAAUAGCAGAAGCUGAGCAAUUGAAGCCAGCUUUCAUGAAGGAAGUGGACAGUCACUUCACAGAGUUUGUGAACAGUUUGGUGGCAAAAUCAGCACUCCUGGAUUCCUCAUCUUCAGCCUCCCUCUUCCCAGUUUCCUCCUCAGAGAAGGAACUCCACAAAGCCAAGUCCUUGAGGGCCCCUCCAGAACAUGGGAAGAUCUUUACUGCCAGGAGGUCUCUCUUGGAUGAGCUGUUUGAAGUGAGUCACAUCAGGACGAUCUACCACAUGUUCAUCGCUCUUCUCAUUGUCUUCAUCCUCAGCACGCUUUUAGUAGACUUCAUUGAUGAAGGAAGGCUGGUCCUAGGAUUUGACCUCUUGGUCUUUGUUUUUGGAAAGUUCCCAGUCGUCUUCUGUACUUGGCUGUGCAUGUUCUGUACCACAGUUAUUGUUCCAUACAACCUUUUUGUCUGGUGGGCCCAAGGCUACUGCAGUUCCUCCCAUCGUGUAACCCGCUCUCUCUUCUAUGGGAUGCUGUUCAUGCUCUUCCAAACAGCUGGGCUUGGAUUUGGACCAACCUAUAUUGCUGUAUCAUAUGCCCUGCCUCCGGCUUCCCGUUUUAUUGUGAUACUGGAACAGGUUCGUCUUGUUAUGAAGGCUUAUUCAUUCAUCCGGGAGAAUGUACCCAGAGUCCUCUCGUCUGUAAAGGACAAGUCCAGCACAGUACCUAUUCCCAGAAUUUCUCAAUACCUGUACUUCCUCUUUGCUCCCACCCUCAUCUACAGAGACAACUAUCCCAGGAAUCCCACGAUAAGAUGGGGCUAUGUAGCUACCAAGUUUGCACAGGUGCUUGGUUCGCUUUUCUAUGCCUACUACAUCUUUGUGAGACUCUGCAUUCCUCAGUUUCGCAACAGUAGUCAGGAAACCUUCAAUCUUCGAGGGCUGGUCCUCUGCAUCUUCAACUCCAUUCUGCCAGGUGUACUGAUUCUCUUCCUGGUUUUCUUUGCAUUCCUUCACUGUUGGCUCAACGCAUUUGCUGAGAUGCUGCGCUUUGCAGAUAGGAUGUUCUACAAGGACUGGUGGAAUUCGACUUCCUAUGCAAACUACUACCGAACCUGGAACGUGGUAGUACAUGACUGGCUCUAUUACUAUGCCUACAGAGACUUCCUUUGGUUUUUUGGCAAGAAGUUCAAAGCAGCAGCUAUGCUCUCUGUCUUCACAAUAUCAGCUGCUGUGCACGAAUAUGUUCUGAUUAUCUGCUUCGGCUACUUCUAUCCAGUUCUCUUUUGCCUGUUUAUGUGCUUUGGAAUGGUCUUCAACUUCAUCCUUAAUGACCGUCGGAAAGGGCCUAUCUGGAACGUGAUCAUGUGGACCUCUCUCUUCCUGGGCCAAGGUGUCAUCAUUUGCCUUUAUAGCCAGGAGUGGUACGCCCGGCAGUACUGCCCUAUGGAAAAUCCCACCUUCCUGGAUGACUUAAAACCACGUUCAUGGUCAUGUCACAUGAAGAUGUAAAAAUGGUAUGUUCCGGCCAUGUCAUCACAGAAAAUCAGAGUUGUCCUCCAAGUGUUUGGAUCAAUGACCUAACUCACUACGGACUUUUUCUAAGGGAAGUUGUGCCUCCUGAUUAUUGGGGAGAAACUGUAAUUUUUUUUUUAAACAUGACUGAGGCAAACCAGUUGACCUGGAUUGCAACAGGCUUCAUAGGCAGCAUCUACUAUGUGCUGUCCCAGUUUGAGCCAUUUCCAUGCCAGUAAAACAUUGAGCUGAAGGUGGAAUCUACUGGAAUCCUACUCAUCCAGGGGUCCCCCCCAAGUUGCUGCUCUUCUGG